AUGGACAAAUUCGACGCCAUGAAGGCUGACGUGCGUGUGGUGAAGGAGGUCGGCAUCACGGCGGGAGCUUUCAAAGCUUGCGAUCUGUUCGUACUAGACCUCGAGGCUCAGUACCUGGGUGAUUCACCGAACCAGAUCGUCUCUGAUGUCAAAUUAGCAGCCAUGUUGUCACGACCAGUGGUAUACGCGUCGCCCACUGGAUCAUUACAAAACUCGUAG